AUGGAACAAUUAUCUGAAGAUUCAACGGAUAUCUUUUGUGAUAAUUUAGUUGAUACAUACUAUCCAAAGCGCCCUAUAGAAAAAAGAAAACAAGCACGUUUAGUUCUUCAUAUGAAGUACAAUCCUCAAACACAACCUGAAGCCUAUUAUUUUUCUAUAUUGAUAUUAUUUAAACCUUGGAGAAAUACCGAGGAACUUAAGGGAAACCAAGAAACAUAUCAUAAUGCUUUUAUUGAAAUAAAAGAUGAUUUAUCUGCAGCACUUAAAUAUCAUGAUAAGCUGCAGAUGAUUCAAAAUGCUAUGGAUGAGGCUAAUAAAUUAAUCAAGCAACAAGAAUUGGAAAAGACCUUGACCCAAAAAUCAGAACAUCUGGAAAUUGCUGAUCCUCUUGACGCUACAGAAGUUAUAAAAGAUGUUCAAGAUUUGAUUGAAAAGGUUGCCGAAACAAAAGAUAUUGACGUAGAUCAAUCAAUCAAAAAUUUAAAUGUUGAUCAAUUAAGAAUAUUUAAUACAAUUACAUCUACAAUGUCAUCUGACAAUAAAGUAAUAAGACUGUUUGUUAGCGGAUUUGGAGGUACUGGUAAAAGUUACCUGAUUGAAAACUUGGUAUUAUGGAACAAACUAAAGAGAAAUAAAAAUACCGCUGUUGCAGCUCCGACUGGUAUUGCAGCAUUUAAUAUUCAGGGAUUGACAGUUCACAGAUUAUUACAAUUACCUGUAGAGCAAGGAGGCACGGCAAAAUAUAAACCUCUAUCGGAUAAUGCGUUGAAAAGAAUACGUCAAAGUUUAAAGAAUGUUGAUUUCAUCAUUAUUGAUGAGAUUUCUAUGAUAUCAAACGUAACUCUUACGUAUAUACAUUUACGACUGACAGAGAUUUUUUGCACAUCAGACAAAAAAGACGGUUGGUUUGGUAAAAUACAUAUUGUAGUUUUUGGCGAUUUACUUCAACUACCACCUGUGCGAGAAGAAUUCGCUUUCAUUUCACUGACAAGAUCGCAAAUUGAUAAAUACAUUAAAGGAAUGUUAUCAUUUAAUUUAUGGACCUUGUUCGAAUAUGAGGAAUUGACUAUAAAUAUGAGACAGAAAAAUGAUAAAGGUUACUCAGAAAUUUUAGGAAAAUUAAGAUUAGGUUAUUUAACUAAUUCUGAUAUAGAAACUUUACUGAAAAGAAAGAUUUCUUUUUCCAGCAAUAUUCCUUCAAAAUCUUUUCAUGAACUGUGCCAAUAUUUGAGUAAUUUGCCUACCAAUACGGUAUGCUUGAUGCCGACUAAAGAUAUGUACUCAAUACUUAAUAAUACCAUGUUGAAUAAACUAGAGUGUGAAGAGAUAAAGCUAAUUGCUAAUGAUUGUUACAAAUGUCCAAAGAGACUAGAAAAACGUGUUUUGAAAAUUUUAAACGAAGAUGAUGACAACGUUUGUGGCAUUUCUCGAGUAAUCACAAUCAAAAUAGGUUGUAAAAUUAUGAUACGAAGAAAUAUCGAUGUGUCCAUCGGAUUAGUUAAUGGAACUAUAGCAACAGUUAUUGCAGUGACCAAAGGAAAAACAGGUAUAGAUAGCGUGACUAUUAGACUUCAAUCAAAUCAAGAGUAUUCUAUCAAACAAUUAGAAUACCAAUUUCAAAUAUUAGAUCAAGUAUUUAUUACGAGAAAACAAUUUCCGAUUUGUCUAAGUUAUGCUAUAACUAUUCAUAAAAGUCAAGGUUUAAGUUUAGAAAAUGCUGUUAUAGACGCUGGAAACAGCAUUUUUAGUUGUGGUCAAACGUACGUAGCUUUAUCUAGGGUCACUAAACUAAAAGGUUUACAUUUAAUUAAUUUGGAUCCUUCUAGUAUUAAAGCUGAUGAGUCUGCUAUAAAAUAA